AUAUAUUUUUUGCAAGUGACACUAAUAUUAUUUUAACAAAAACAGCUAUGUCUUCUCUGAAUUGUCAGCAUUAAGCUUAGAGCAGGAUUUGUGGUGGAGCUGCCUUAGGCGGUCUCUGCAAAUGGGUCCUUAGCAUCCCGUGCCUGACAUCGUGAUCAAGGCCCUCGAGGGGUCGCAUGGGAGGUUUCCACUAGCCCACAAGCGACAGCAUGGCAGCCAUCCCCUCCAGCGGUUUGCUCAUGGCCACCCACGACUAUUACCGCUGCCUGGGUUCCACUGCCAGUAACAGCUCCUGUGGAGGUGCAGAGUAUCCUGGGGAAGCCAUCCCUCACCACCCCGGUCCCUCCAAGGCCGGCCCAGGUCACUGGAUGGCAAGUUUCUUUUUUGGGAAGUCCACCCUCCCGUUCAUGGCAACACGCUCGGAAUCUCCCCAGGCCUCCAGCAACUUGAUCGCCUGUGACUUGACUCUGGAAGCCAUGAGGAAGCAGCAGCCUGGUGGCCAGUCUGGCAAAGCGAACACCGAACACCCGUCCCCAGUCCCGAGAGGACACUGGCCCUCUUCAGGAGGCGCUAGGCUCAUCAGAGCCCCUCCUGUCCCCUCCUCUCUCCAUGUAGACUAGGCAGGCUGCAGCAAGUGGAAACAGUUGGGUUCUUUUAGAUCAAAAUAACAAAACACCAAAAAGGAAGUCGAGAGAAUCCCACUCUUUACUAUCCAAGCCACACACAAGCCUUCCUGACACCCUGUAAUCGUGUGCCUUGCACCAGGUGGGAAAUAAACUCCAAGCGGUCAGUUAAAAAAAAAAAAAAAGUAUAAUAUAAGCUUACAUUUUAUUCUAUUUAGGUGUGUUCUUCCUAAACUCCU